GACAGAGAGAGGGGCUGUGUUUCAGCAUGCGCGUGUGGCGUGUGUGCAUGUGUGUGAACCAGAGGAGGGGAGCUGUUUUCUAGCAUGCAUGCAUGUGUGUGCUUCCACCUUAUUUUGAAUGCACUCCCUGAGAGAGAGAGAGAGAGAGAGCGAGAGAGAGUCAUGUGUGUAGAAUGUGUCAAAGGGGGUGAAAUCAAACUGGCUGCGUGAAAUCAAACACAGUGUUCUCUGUGUCCAGCGAGAGGGAAGCAGAGACAGAUCCUAGGAGAAUGAGGCAAUGACAGUCACAUUUAACCAGUCUCAGGAUACACCAUUUGAAAUUUAUCAGGCCCCUGCAACGUCCUCAGCUCUGAAAACGAACCUUUAAAUGCACAGACUCUGUGCUUGGAUUGGAACUCCCUCAGUGUUCACAAACACUCACAUACACACACACACACACACACAAACAUACACAUGCACACAGAGACUUCCCUGUUCCGUUUCUGCUGAGGGCACAGAUUUUUUUUUUUUGUAGCCCGGUAUGAUCUCCAGACUGAAUGUGGCAUGCCUUUCUGCGCUAUAAUGCAAAUCUAACUCAUUUUGCAAAAAAAAAAAAAACCAAAAAUACACCAAUACAUUGAUACUGGAUUUGGAAUAGCUGCUUUCUGAAGAGGAGAAAAACCUUUGCGUGAUCAUCUCAGACUGUGAGUCACUGUGAACAAGUCAACAGCAGCGCUGCACCAGCGAAGGAGAACAUGACUUCACAUGGAAAACUUCGAAAGGAAAAGGGGAGUCUGGCAGAGUACGAGACACAAAUCAAAGAGGUGCGGGGUCAGCUCUCUGAGCAGCUCAAAAUCCUAGACACGCAGCUGGAGGUCAAGACACAGCAGCUGCAGGAUCUGAGCGAGUACCUGCGCAGACGGGGGGAGAUCGAGGCAGAGUAUGCCCGCUCCCUGGAGAAACUCAGCGAGAGGUUCACUGUGAAGACCAAGAGGAAGGAGCAGUUGGACCUGUCGGUGGCUCAGUGCUGGUCUGUUCUGCUGACCCAGACCAGGCAGGAGAGCCGAGAUCACAGUUCACUGAGUGAGCUUUGCUGCAACACACUCACACAGCGGCUUUCACACUGCAUAGAGGACACACACCGCCUGGCAAAACGGAGCAAGGAGGUGGGACUCCAGAUGCAGGAUGAGCUCUUGAAAGUCACCACAGAGCUGCAGACGGCUUUGAAAACUUACCAUCAGUACCACAUUGACUGUCUGGCUGCUGAGGGCAAGCUCAAAGAGGCCACACGACUGGAGGAGAAACAGACGGGCAAGUCAGCUGAUCUGGGGCUCAGCCAAUCAGGAGGGCAGAGGCGCAGUUCUGUGAAGAAAAUGGAGAGACUGAUGGAGAAGAGACAAGGCAAAGUACAGGAAACUCAGAUGAAGUGCACUAAAGCUCGCAACGACUACUUGCUCAACAUGGCAGCAGCUAAUGCCUCCAUGAAUAAGUACUAUCUGCAGGACAUUUGCACUCUGAUUGAUUGCACAGAUCUGGGGUACCACCUGUCUGUGUCUCGGGUUAUACGCGGUUACCUCUCCAACAGAAACCGAACUGUCCAGAAUACGAAAAAUGGCCUUCAGCAGCUAGACACAGCGGUGACUGGACUCAACCAGGGCCAGGACAGAGAUGCUCUGCUCCAAGCCCACAACACAGCGUUCUGUCUGCCCUUCCGCUUUCAGUACCAGCCCCACGAAGGAGACCAGGUGUGUGAGGUGAGCGCUGAAGGUCAGGUGAGGUAUGAGCUCGAGACCAGAUUCCAGCAGCUUCAGUCCAGACUGGCAUCAGUUACCUUGGAAACUGAGGAGAUCAGUAAGACACUUAAGACAACUCUCUCAAACCUUCUGGAGAGCGUCUGUGAUGAUGACUGCAACCCCACCCCUGAUGCCUCCGUCACCCCAUCAGUGGAGAACACAGCUGAAGGCACAGGAACCAAACCCAGCCUCGCCAAACGCAGAGCCAAUCAACAGGACACCGAGACUUUCUACUUCACAAAAGUGAAGGAGCAUGUAAGUGGCAGCUCUCUGAUCUCGAAGCUCCAAGCCAAGCAUGACCUAGUUAAAGAGGCCAUACAGAAAGCUGAGGCCAUUGAUAGCGAUCCCUCCAGAAUGCAACCUGGUAGGGCAGUGCGUGUGCGGAAAGCCAGGCCCUGCUCCCAGUACCACCACAAACUCUUCACUGGAGAUAUGCUCUCCUUCAUUCAGAGCUCUGGGCAACAGAUCCCCCUGGUGGUGGAGAGCUGCAUUCGCUUCAUCAACCUGCACGGUUUGCAUCAUGAAGGAGUUUUUAGAGUUCCUGGAUCACAGACUGAAGUCAAUCAUAUCAGGGAUGCCUUUGAAAGAGGAGAGGACCCUCUCACUGACAGCGAGAGUGACAUUGAUUCAGUGGCAGGGGUUCUGAAGCUCUAUUUCAGAGGUCUAGAAAAACCUCUGUUCCCGGAGCAGAGCUUUAGCCAGCUCAUGGAGUGUGUCCAGAUGGAAAACAUGACAGAAAAAGUAGUGCAGCUAAAGACCAUAGUCUCGUCCUUCCCCAGACCUGUCCUCAUAGUGAUGCGGUAUCUCUUCGCCUUCCUUCAUCAUGUCUCUCAGUACAGUGAUGAGAACAUGAUGCUGCCGUAUAACCUGGCCGUGUGCUUCGGGCCCAGUCUGCUCAGAGGGGUGGAGAUGGGUGGUGAUGAAGUGACACUGGCACCUCAGAUCAAUGACCUUGUUAAGACCAUGAUCAUCCAUCAUGAAAGCAUUUUCCCGGGGCCUUCUGAACUCCCGGGACCCGUCUAUGAGAAAUGCAUGACUCUAGAGCAGGAGUACUGUGAACCCAUCACAGAGGAGGGCGAGGGGGACGCUGAACAUCUUCCCAGUGAAGAUGAGUGGGAGGCUGUGGCCAUGUUUGAUUAUGUUGCUCGCUCUGCAGCCGAGCUGUCAUUCAAGCAGGGUGACCACCUCCUACUGCACAGCAAGGCCUCUGCUGAUUGGUGGAGAGGGGAAGUAGGAGGGGUAAAAGGCCUGAUCCCCCAUAAGUACAUCAGUGUGGUAGAGGGGGCAGAGCGUAAAGAGCGAGGGAAGAAGGAGGACAGCAGGGGGGGCAGCACAGGAAACCUAUCAGAUGAACAGCAGCUGCCUGAACUCAGCACUCGUAUGAGAGUGAACAGUGACAGCGCGUCUUUGCCCGGCCGGCAGAGGACAGGCAGCGGAGGCAGCAGUAUGGGUGGAGGCAACAGUGGGAGCGGAAGCCCCAUCCGGAAGAUCAUGCAGGUGCCUGAGGGACGACUCAUCUUUCCUCCUCAGACAACUGCGGUUGCACGCCAAUUCUCAGGUCAUCAGGAGCGCAGACACACUUUAGACAGUCUGAGGCCAGUUGGAGGACCAGCAGACAGACAGACAGUGCAUAUUGACAAGGAGGUCAGUCGGCAGAUGAACUCAGUGUUUAGGGAGCUGUUGUCCCGUCAGCCGCCUCUGGAAGCCUCGGGUUCGAACCCUCCUCCCUCCUCUCCUCCCGCUUCUGUCCCUUCGGUACCCUCCGCUGCUGCUCGACCUCCGGUGAAGAAGGGAGGCUUCGGCCUGCGCAGCAGAGGUCUCUUCAAAACCCAAGACCCACAGGACUGAGGGAGAGGAAGAGAUGAUAGAUGCGUGAAUCUGAGUAUGAGUGUUGUAGCAGGAACAGCAAACUCAUCACAGAUAUGAAUAUAUUUUUCCAGACAUUCAUUGUACGGUACUCUUUACGCCUUAUUAACUAAAGUGUAUUCAAAAGGUUUAAGUUGAAAGUGACUUAAUAUGGUUUUGUUUUACGUGAGACCACGUCAUUGAUCCUAUUAUUCGUUGUAUUUGUGUUUUAGCUUUGACAACAGUUAAUCUGGUCCUCAUUGAAGAAUCUCCCUCUUCCUAACUAGUCAUUCAUCGCAGUGAUGUCCAAUGUGUCUGACGUUUUUGACUGUAGUGUAGACUGUGUUCAUUGAUGAUGUAUUUAUGGAGUACCAGAAACCAAGUGUUGAGUCCCUCAAAGCACAUAGAUUCAGAAGGACAAGUGAAUUGUGGGAAUGAAGUCCAUGACAGACAGAGUCCACAUUGUUAUUUUAGAUGUAGAUGUGUCACCCUGAAUGUAGCAAGAGAUUUUUGAAGGCCGACGUUACCCUCAGAUGUUUACCAACCAAGAUUCUACUUCAUUGUGUUUAGUUUUUUUUUUUGUUGCUUUUUGAUAUGCAUAGCUCAAAUAGUUCAAGGUACGACAUGAUGCUCCAGUUUUUCUGUUUUAGAAGACUCAUUUGCCUUUUUUUUUGUAUCAUUUGCUAUUUAAUUAUUAUUAUUGUUAUUAUUUACAUUUAAUUGCAUUGCUAUUUUUACAAUUGCUUGCAUUACUGUAUUUGCAUUUGCAUUGUAUUAUUCUUUAAAAAGCAUUCUAUCAUAAAGGAACCAGCACACAUGCGUGCAAACACACUGACGCGGAUAGUCUCGUGUGGCAACAGGUGGAGUGGCCAAACUAAGCACAGCCCUGUAGCCGCUUUUACCCCUACGGCUCCAUUUUCUCUCAGUCACAUACAAAGACUGGAAAGACAACUGUGAAGACAAGUGCCACUCAGAGCAGCUCAGGAACUGUCCAACAGAGAACUGACUGGAGAAAAGCUCAAACUGUGAAACAGCACAUAUAGUCGCAGGAAAAACAAUGACACUCACUUUCUUUUUGCUGCACAUUAGUGCUCCUGGUCACUGGUCUCCGUCGACGUCCAGCCCGUCACCCAUGCAUUCCCUUUAGCAGUGUGUGUCUCUGGUAGAUGAUGUCAUCAUUGAUGUGUGGAUUACAAUAAUAUCAAAAUAAAUUAUAUAGAUUCUAAAAUA